AUGGCGAAAAGAAAGGCAGAAAAUAGAACUUUUCUGGACAGGUGGGAGACAGAAUAUCUGUUUACAUGUAUACAAGACAGACCUGUUUGUCUUGUUUGUGGAGCCAACGUGUCAGUAACUAAGGAGUACAAUAUUAGACGACACUAUGAAACCAAACACCAGGACAAAUAUAAGGACCUGGACACGGCUCAAAGGAGCCAGAAAGUAAAGGAGAUGAAAAGAGGUUUGGUUUCACAACAGAAAAUGUUCACAAAAGCCACAACACAAAGUGAGGCUGCUGUAAAGGCAAGUUAUAUCGUGGCACAAGAAAUCGCCAAAUCAGCCCGACCCUUUAAUGAGGGAGAGUUUGUAAAAAAGUGCAUGAUGAAGGUUUGUGACCAAGUGUGCCCAGAGAAAAAGCAAGCCUUUGCAAACGUAAGCCUGAGCAGAAACACAAUAGCUGACCGCACAUGCGAGCUUGCCACCAAUCUGCAUGUCCAGUUGAUGGAGAAGGGAAAAGAUUUUGUUUGUUUUUCCCUUGCUGUGGAUGAGAGCACUGACGCGUCUGAUACUGCGCAGCUGUCUGUCUUCGUCCGCGGCGUGGACUCAAAUCUGUGUGUUACGGAGGAGCUUUUGGGAUUUAAACCAAUGCAUGGCACAACCACAGGGAAAGAAAUCUUUGAGGAGGUUUGCAAAUGUGUAACUGAAAUAAACCUUCCGUGGAAUAAACUUGUGGGAUUAACCACUGAUGGUGCGCCAGCCAUGAGUGGUAAAAGGAAUGGACUGGUGGGCAGGAUUCGUGAAAAGAUGCGCGAAGAGAACUGUGCAGGUGAAUUAUCUGUUUAUCACUGCAUCUUACAUCAAGAAUCCCUGUGUGGUAAAGCGCUGAAGAUGGAGGAUGUUAUGUCCACAGUAACACAAGUUGUUAACUUCAUAAGAGCCAAAGGUCUCAAUCACCGCCAGUUUAAGUCUUUUCUGGAAGAGUGUGAUUCAGAAUACACAGAUGUGCCGUAUCACACAGAGGUGAGAUGGCUAAGCCGCGGAAAAGUGCUGAACAGAUUUUUCGAACUGCGUGAAGAAAUAUGCCAGUUUCUGGAAAGCAAAGGGAAGGACACAGCAGAGCUCCGGGAGCAAAAGUUUCUGUGUGAGCUGGCCUUUCUGUGUGACAUCUCAAGCCACCUCGAUGUGCUGAACCUGCAGCUGCAGGGGCGGGGACGCAUCAUCACAGAUAUGUAUGCGUCAGUGAGAGCUUUUAAAAUGAAGAUGUGCCUGUGGGAGAAUCAGAUGCUACAAGCAAACUUUGGCCAUUUCCCCUGCUGCCAAACCAUAAAAACACAGAUCUCUAUCGACGUGUGCGCACAGUUUGCUGAAAAACUCAGUGCGCUCGGCGCUGAGUUUAGCCGGCGGUUUGGCGACUUUGAUGUCCAGAAACUUAGAUUUGAACUGCUUAGUAAUCCCUUCGCAGUUGAUGUGGAAAAAGCACCAACCAACCUCCAAAUGGAGCUGAUUGAACUCCAGUGUGAUGAAACGCUGAAGUCAAAGUUUGAUGCUGUUGGGGCCGCACAGUUUCCACAGUUCAUCCCUGACACGAUGCCUCAGCUUCGCACUGAAGUUGCUCAAUUGCUCUCCAUGUUUGGUAGCACUUACCUAUGUGAGCAACUUUUUUCCUCAAUGAAGAUGACGAAAACUUCUCACAGGAGACGUCUGACUGACGAACACCUUUUUUCGAUAAUGACGGUUUCCUCAGCUCAAACCCUAAGCCCCGACAUUGAUCAUCCAAGAAAAGAUGCCAGGUAUCUGGCUUGGCCGCAUCAGAGUAGAUCAGGACGCCGCAACGGGGCAGGCAACCCAGGCAAUUGCCUAGGGCCCCGAGCUGAAGGGGGCCCCGAGGGACGGCUGACGUCAAUGACAAAAUAA